CACCGCUAACCGCACCUAUCCCUCUCUCCUCCCGUACGCGUCAUCAUCGUCCUCAUCCGGUCAUCUCCACCGCUACCGCACCUAUCCCUCUCUCCUCCCGUACGCGUCAUCAUCGUCCCCCCACCCCGCACGGUGCCUUGCCUGGAGUAGAGAUCCGUUCCGGACUUGAGGCUGAUUUCUUCCUUUUUGUUGUUGGGUCUUUGAACCCCACAUCUUGAGGCACACCCGAUCUGAUCGACUCUUUUAUGAGUUCACAAGACACCCAGCAUGAAGUUUUUAGAGUACACCCCCUUCGACAGUAUAAAUUUGUUCCUGGAUCAACUCAACCUUGGUGAUUGUACAAUUAGGGGUAACCUUGAAGCCUUCUCAUGCAAGCACACUGCGACAGACCGUCGGCUUUCCAUAAGUCUUGAACAUGAGAUUCUUGAUUACCUUGGCAAGUCUUCUGACAGUGAUCCAGCUUCACCAGUGGAGCAUUUGUCCUCCAGGUCAUGCCGAAAAACAUUGAUAUAUCUAGUCCUCACUCUUGGUCAUAUGUAUCCGGAUUAUGAUUUCAGCAGUGCUGUUCGGGCACACCUGUUCUUCAAAGAAGAGGAGUGGGAAAGUUUCAAGCAGAUGAUAGACACCUACUUAUCUGACGCUUCUGGGCAAUGGGCAGCAACAAAUGAGGGCAGUUCUCUUCUGGACAGUAUGACUAAAGCUAUUGAUGAGGUUAUCAAAAUCAGGGAGUGUGACAUCUACAGCUAUAAUCCAGACUCGGAUGGAGAUCCAGUUCUAGAGAAAGGGGCCAUAUGGUCAUUCAACUACUUCUUCUACAAUAGGAAGCUAAAGCGAGUAGUGAGCUUUCGAUGUUAUUGUACUAGCAAAUUGUCAGGAGAUGACUUCUUAACUGGUGUGCCAUCUGAUGGUGAAGAGGAAGAUGCCUUGAUUGACAUGGACAUAUGAAUGACCAUUUUCUGCUAGGAACAUGACCAACCAAUGUGAUCAGCUGUGUAAUAUAGAGCAUACAUGUCAUUUCCCAUUAGGAAACUUGCAGUACGACUUCAUCAUCAUCGUAGCCGGCAUAGACCAUGAGUCGUGUGUCGCUUUUAGUGUGGUCUGGGCGGCUUUUAGUGAUGUCCUUGGGUGGCCGGUCUUUGAUGCCUUGUCUCGACCUUUAAAAGUAAUGUCAUAGGCUGCCUUCCCCCAUAGAUCGAAUUCUUUAUAUAUAUAUAUAUAUAUAUUUGAGGUUUGGUACAGGGAAACUUCCAAUCCACGAAACUUGAACUGCCACGGUAAUUCGAAAAUCGUAGUUCUUGUCAGGGUGAUUUGGUACUCUGUAGUCUUUGAUGGAGUUGGCUCUAUUGAGGUUUGGUACAGGGAAACUUCCAAUCCACGAAACUUGAACUGCCACGGUAAUUCGAUAAUCGUAGUUCUUGUCAGGGUGAUUUGGUACUCUGUAGUCUUUGAUGGAGUUGGCUCUAUAUUUUACCUAGAUAUUUCAAACUGUGAAUUGAAUUGCCGAAUUUGCUCCAUUGCACAUUGGCGGGUGUGGAUUGCAUCCGCAUGGACUAUUUGUGUUGCCAAAGAAAAUGACUGUCGGAUUAAGCGUUAUGUGAAUAGUGGUCUGGAGGUCUGUUGUAUUUAGCCCUUUUUUCUCCUCCACUAAGCAUAUUUGACGUCAUAUUUGAGAUACUCUCUGGCAAGACUACUCUGAGAAUUCAAAUAUUUUACUGUAAAAAAAUACAAUUAUUUUCUGCUGAUGUUUU